CUACGCGCGCCUCUACCCGCUCCAAAAUGCUCGCUUGGUCGGAACGAUCCCGAUCAGUCUCAAUCUUGGCUGGCUUUCCUCUACGGACGCGUGUUUCUAACGCAUACUCGUACCGUUUACGAGGUAUUCCUCUAAGUUUGAACGCGCCGGAGCGCUCGCGAAACGUCGCCGGAAACCGCGGAAAAAACAGUGUCGUGAUAUUUGAGCAUCGUCAUCGGAGUGCUGCAGCGAAGGUAAACAUCUCUGGUGUUCUAUCUUCUUGUGACCCGGCCGAUCCUUCAGCGUCUUUAAUCACCUCCGCUUCUGUGGCUCAACCUUAAGAAUCUCUGGUGCUUGCUAUCGGUGAUUUAUCUCGAAACUCCUGAAGCUACCCGAGGUUCAAGUUCAGGAUUCUCUGUCGUCCUAGCCACGUUUGUUCAGGAAAGUGGUGUUUAUAGUUGGAUAAGUACUAAAAGUACCCAAGAAGGAUGUUCUACAGAUCGAUAGGAACGUUGUACAGAUCAUACGUGGGCACGUUCAAUCCAGUGCGUCGCGAGGAUUCGAUUCUCUCAUACUUGACCGUUCGUCAGACAGAGAAAUCUAAUUUUGAAGAUGUAACGUCGAUCGGCCAGGGUACACCUUGCCUAGCAAUAGUGUGGACAAUGACCGAUCGUUUAUUCGGAAAUUGCUAAGUGUCAGUGCGUUGGAAGAGGAUCGGGGCUGGUUUCGCGAGCUUCCGUGAACCGGGAAGCUGACCAUUACCGAACAGUGGAAGGUUUUUCCGCGUAUUGGGAGGACCUCGCCGUGCAGCGACGCGUAAAUGCAGCUGCAUCGCCGGCAAGCGUUUUCAUGAAUUACACGGACCUGGAAAAGACGAAAAUGGUCUCCCACGUUAUUCCAGUUGCUGGGGAGUUGCAGCAGGGCAAUGGAGGUUUAUCCGUGGUAGGACUGGACGGUAUGCAAGACUCUCCUCAGUCGCUGAAGAUCAAGCAGGAGCCGUUUCAGGUGUCGCCAACUUCUCUUCUGCCGUCUCUUCAUCAAGUAAGCAGCUUCGUUUCCGACAUGCAAAAUGGCUGCAUGGGUCCCGCGUCGAAAGAGUUGGACACCUCCAUCAGGCUCGCGAGGAACCUUACGUCGCAUCACACCUCCCGGAGCCAUCACCACUCUCAUCUCAGCCUCCACAGUCCAAAUUCAGGAGUGUCGAUGCACUCGUCAGGCUCCAGUCAUCAUCACCUGGACGAGAAGGGAUCGUCUCCAACGAGCGCUCUCCAUAGCACUACAAAUAGCAAUCCCUCGACACCGUCGGCGCCUACGACGCCCACGGCGAUCGCUGACGGAUCUGCCACCAGCUCAGGAACCGGAAACGAUAGCAACAGCGCCAAUGAUUCCGCUACGAAGAAGCCACCGUUCAGCUAUGUGGCUCUCAUCACAAUGGCGAUCCAAGACAACGCCCAGAAAAGGGCAACCCUCAGCGAAAUCUAUGCCUACAUCACCGCCAGGUUUCCGUACUACCAUAAGAACAAGAAGGGUUGGCAGAAUUCCAUCAGACAUAAUCUGUCGCUGAACGAGUGUUUCGUGAAGGUACCACGCGAGGGGGGCGGCGAACGGAAAGGCAACUUUUGGACCCUCGAUCCUCACUCCGCAAACAUGUUUGAAAACGGCAACUACAGAAGACGUAGACGCAUGAAGAGACCGUACAGAAAUGCCCCAUAUCAAAAACCGCUGUUCGGCGACCCUUUUUCCCCUACACACGUUCACUUGGGGCCUAGAAAUUUGUUUGCUCAUUCGCCACCGUCCUACGCUCCGCCCCCCUACACAAGAUACGACACCAGCCCUUGGAGUAUUCAGCAGUCCCAGCUGUCCUACGGUCACUGUCAAUCGCUCCAACCACAGUUGCAACCGAUACAAUCGAUGCAGAUUCCAACGAUGAACGGCUACGGUCAGUUGGGUACCUCUUUAACGUUUCAAGGCAAUUACCUGGAUGUUCCAGCUGGUACAACGAGUUCCCCAACUUCCAUGGGCAGUGGCACCUUUGGCAGCAGUUUCACCGCCUGUGCCAGGAGACACGACACUGCAAUAUCGACGGAGACGAUGCCCACAAGAUGCUAUUGGCCUGAAAGAUUUUGUCCAAGCUCAAAAAACGAAGAAACGAUGAGUGACCCUUGGAAUUCGGUUUUGCCUGUCGCAGUGGUGACCGUGAAGGAGGAACCAGGCACCGUGGCGGUGUCGAGUUCCGGCGUCACUGGUGUCGGUGUUUCCUCCGGCAUAAUGGGGUCCACGACGUCGACAGGAGUCUCCGCAACAGGCUUCGCUCCUAUGGAGUUCCAGUCACGAUCCAAGUGUUUCAUGUGAAUUGAUCCGCCGUCGAAGUGGCUGCCAAUCGUGGACAACCCCGUCAGAGCUACGAGAUGUCGUAUUUCAAUCCGGUUGGUCCGUGAGUGUAAGCUUCAGCUCGGUUCAGAACAGCAUCCAACGGAAUCGAAGAGUCCGGACAGGCGAGAUCAACGAGAACUGUAUCGCGAUCACCGUCACUUAUGAUAACAGACGCAUCUGUUCUUCGCGCGUUUCCGACUGCUACACAGUAUUUAUGCGAGAUAAGGGACGGAUUCGUUCCCCGAGGAGCGGGUCACGAGAAUAUUUUACGUGUUAGUUACGUAUGACGAUAGUAUCUAAUUUAAGAUGCAUUGCGAGACAGGAAGACAUAGUUCUCCUUUUAUACAUAUAUAGGGUCAGUCGCUGAAGCUUAGAACAUCGAACGAUUUUAUUUCUCAUAUUGCAAUGUUAGAAAAACGUCACUCUUCAAGAACUCGAUAUGAUCCAUUAAACAGAAUAUGUUCUUUCCUCGUCGUAUUUCCGUGGCGAUAAGAAUCAAGGACUCAUUUGAGAUGCUGACCUACAUUGAUUCGCCCCGUAUACAUAUCUAGGAUUAUAGCAGCGAACAUAACAGUGUAUAUCUAAACGUAAUUUUAAGAUCUAUUUCGAAGACUCGAUGUACAUAAUCUAACCAAUAAACUAGGUACACCAACAGUCCGAUUAUGCUACAGGUUAAACUUCAAGUUAUCUGUAAACUGGUCACUAACUGCCUAUCGAAAUUCUCCCCGUUUUAAAGACUCUGGAAAAGCGACAGCUAAUGCUCCUGUAAUUACAUCAGAAAAGCAAAUAAAUCUCAAUUAUUU